UAUGUAUGUUGAGGCCCAAAUAACUUCCCUUUUUUUCCAUGUCCUAAAUUAAAAAUUCAAAGGAGUAAAAAACAGAAGCUUUUUUUGGUCAGCUGAAUUUUAAGAAGAGGAUGUCGAAGAAGAAGACUGAUCCAAAAGGUGGAAAUACAGAAGCAUUGUUGUUUAUAUCAUCAUUGAAAGCUCUUACUCUUCAUCUAAUUUGUGGAUUAGGCUUAAUUUCUGCUUUCUGGGUAGGUAAUCACAUCUACUCACUCCAUCUCAUCACCCAUCCAUCCCAAACUCUUCGUCUGAUUUCGGUGUUUCUGACUCCAGUACUGAUUCUUCUGUACAGUUACCUUCGGCAUGAUAGGAACCAAUGCUCAUAUGUUAAAGCUGUAGGACGAGGUUUGCUGGCGCUUCCUGCUGGGGCCGUGGUAAUUGCACUCGGAGCUACUAUAUUAGGAGCACCUGUUGGUUUCGAGUAUGUAAUCCUGUACAUUCAUUGGUCUCUUCUGAUGUCAUUACUCACUUUUGUACCAGCGGCUUGUGUUUUUGGCCCAUCAUGGAGUGAUUGGCACCGAAUAUUUGCUAGAACAAAGGAAAAUGAGUCCACAGACUAUAUGAUCUCUCUACCUGCUCAUGGAGCUGUUAUUGGAGCGUGGUUUGGUGCUUGGCCAAUGCCACUUGAUUGGGAAAGCCCAUGGCAGGAAUGGCCUAUUUGUGUGACUUAUGGAACUAUAGCUGGUUACCUCGUGGGGCUUGUGGCAUCAUCGGGCUGCAUUUUCUUCCGUAACCACCAGCAGCAUCUAAAAGAAGAGUAGUGUCUGGCUUCUGGGAAUCAGCCAAGGAAGGCCCAUGAUACUACAACAAUAGUCUUGGGACGAAGUUGGGCCUUUGUUCUUCAGUUGCAGAGAAAUAUGGAAGUAAUAUGAUAUCCAAUUUUGCUCUCUUCGUAAUUUCACUAUCUUUUUCUUUAAUCAACUAUAAUUCGUUUUUAGUUGUAAUUCUUUUUGGCAAAUUGUGAAAGACACUCAAGAGGAGAUAAUGAAGUUCGUAUAGAAGAAUAAUUUUCCAAAUGGGAAGGGGCUUACAAGGUGGAGAAUCAAAUACUCAUCAUCUAGGUGAAAGUUUAGGUAUUUGUUGUAACCACACGGAAGAGCCCAAACCCAAUUCAAAAGAUUAGUAUGAUAGGUGACAAAACCUAUUUAGCCUAUAAAUUCAUUAACAUUUUUCUAUUUUUUUAAUGUAGGAUAAUACAUAACACUAUUUAACCUGCUUUGAUAGGUGGGAGAACCUAUUUAACCUAUAAAUCCA